UCUGCGUACAGCAGGUUUCAAAGGCGCUCGCUCGUUUUCGGGUGGCCGGGGCGGUGUGAGCCGGCAUGCCUCAUCUGUUAUUAGUCUCAACAAGCCGUGUACUGCUGCAGCACAGCUCACGCUUGUCGCAAACCUGAUACAGGGGUUGUGACCGAGCCAGAAAACGCUGGGUCCAGACCACCCAGGGGUUGUUUCGGGACAGAAAGGGUUUCCCUCCUCUGGUCCAAACCAGUUCUGACCUUAAAAGAAAAGGUUUGCUGUACCCUGUGCGAGACAGGAUAGUUGGCCAGGGCGUUUCGCUCGCCGCCCUCCUCGCCCGGCACGGUGCCUGCAGCCAUGCCAAAGCACAACCCUGCUGUCAUCGCCUGACGGGACGCCUGGCCAGCCGAGGGGAGAGCUCACCCCUUCCCUGGGGAGAGGGCCUGCUGGAAAGGAACGCGGUGGCUGAGAGUGCUUGGCACCUUCUGGCACCUCCCUGGGCGAGGAAGACUGUGCAGCUGCUACCAAGGCCCCCACGGACACCCAAGUCAGAGGAGGGCAGGCGAAAUGGCCUCAGUCUUCCGGAGCGAGGAAAUGAGUCUGAUGCAGCUCUUCUUGCAGGUGGAAGCUGCCUACUGCUGCGUGGCCGAGCUCGGGGAGCUGGGUCUGGUCCAGUUCAGAGAUCUGAAUGUGAAUGUGAACAGCUUCCAGAGAAAGUUUGUGAAUGAAGUGAGAAGGUGCGAAUCAUUGGAGAGGAUCCUGCGUUUUCUGGAAAAUGAGAUGGAGGACAAUGUUGAGAUAGUUAAACUAGAUAAGUACCCAGAGACCCCCCUGCCUCGGGAAAUGAUUGAUAUGGAGACGGUGCUGGAGAAACUUGAAGCUGAGCUACUGGAAGCCAAUCAGAACCAGCAAACACUGAAGCAGAACUUCCUUGAGCUGAUGGAGCUCAAACAUCUGCUGAAGAAAACCCAGGACUUCUUUGAGGCAGAAACCAAUCUGCCAGAUGAUUUCUUCAGUGAAGACACAUCUGGACUGCUGGAGCUGAGAAGCACUCCUGCCGCUGCAGCUGCCAAGCUGGGAUUCACAGCAGGGGUAAUAAAGAGGGAAAGGAUGAUACCCUUUGAGCGUUUACUGUGGCGAGCCUGCAGGGGGAACAUCUACCUGAGGUACACCGAAAUGGACACCCCCCUGGAGGACCCUGUGACGAGAGAAGAGGUGAAGAAGAACGUGUUCAUUAUCUUCUAUCAAGGAGAGCAGCUUAAACAAAAAAUCAAGAAGAUUUGUGAUGGAUUUCGUGCCACAGUCUAUCCCUGUCCAGAAUCUGCCACCGAGCGCCGAGAAAUGCUUGAUGGAGUCAACACAAGGAUUGAGGAUUUAAACACAGUGAUAACACAAACCGAGUCCCACCGCCAGCGAUUGCUGCAUGAAGCAGCAGCCAAUCUGUGGUCCUGGGGGAUCAAGGUGAAGAAAAUCAAGGCCAUCUACCACAUCCUGAAUUGCUGUAACAUCGACGUCACCCAGCAGUGCGUCAUUGCAGAGAUCUGGUUCCCAUUGGCUGAUGCUGGCCGGAUAAAGAGAGCUCUCCAUCAGGGAAUGGAGCGCAGUGGCUCUACUAUUGCCCCUAUCCUGACUGCCAUACACACCAGGAUGGCACCACCCACCUUCAACAGGACCAACAAGUUUACAGCUGGAUUUCAGAACAUUGUGGAUGCAUAUGGUGUGGGCAACUACAGGGAGAUGAACCCAGCUCCAUACACUAUCAUUACCUUCCCCUUCUUGUUUGCGGUGAUGUUUGGAGAUUGUGGCCAUGGCGCUGUCAUGCUGGGCUUUGCACUCUGGAUGGUCAUUAAUGAGAAGAGUCUUCUUGCCCAGAAAAGCACUAAUGAGAUCUGGAACACCUUUUUCAGCGGGCGCUACCUGAUCCUGCUCAUGGGCAUAUUCUCCAUGUACACUGGCUUCAUCUACAAUGACUGCUUCUCCAAAUCAUUCAACAUCUUUGGCUCUUCCUGGCAUGUCAUCCCUAUGUUUAAAAAUAGCACUUGGAAUAAGGAUGUGCUUCUGGACAAUACGGUUCUGCAGUUGGAUCCAGCAGUCCCGGGAGUCUACUCUGGAAAUCCAUAUCCAUUUGGAAUAGAUCCGAUCUGGAAUGUUGCAUCGAACAAGCUGACUUUCCUGAACUCCUACAAAAUGAAGAUGUCGGUUGUCAUAGGGAUUGUACACAUGAUUUUUGGGGUGGUACUCAGUCUCUUCAACCACAUCUACUUCAAGAAAUACAUAAACAUUAUCCUUCAGUUCAUUCCAGAGAUGAUUUUUAUUAUCUCUCUUUUUGGCUACCUGGUCUUCAUGAUUAUUUUCAAAUGGUGUCAUUUUGACGUCCACUCAUCCCAGAGUGCACCGAGCAUCCUCAUCCACUUCAUCAAUAUGUUUCUGUUCAAUUACAGUGACUCUUCAAAUGCUCCAUUAUAUCUGCAUCAGAAAGAAGUGCAGAGUUUCUUGGUCAUAUUUGCUCUGAUUGCUGUUCCCUGGAUGCUUCUAAUUAAACCUUUCAUCCUCCGAGCCAACCACCAGAAAGCGCAGCGCAUGAUUCAAUCUCAAGCCAUCUCAGGAAACCCUCAAGCUGAAAAUGAGGUAGAUUUCCCAGAGACCAGUCACUCCAAGAAAGCUUCCCAGGGAGACCACAGUGGUGGCCAUGGAGGACAUGAGGAUAAUGAUGAAGAGUUCAAUUUUGGAGACACAUUUGUCCACCAAGCUAUCCAUACCAUUGAAUACUGCCUUGGCUGCAUCUCCAACACAGCGUCCUACUUGCGGCUCUGGGCGCUGAGCUUAGCCCAUGCACAACUGUCAGAGGUCCUUUGGACCAUGGUGAUGCACAACGGGUUCAACAACAGCGGCUGGGCAGGCCUCAUCAUCAUCUUCAUCAUCUUCGCGGCAUUUGCAGUGCUGACAGUAGCCAUCCUGCUUGUCAUGGAGGGGCUGUCAGCCUUUCUGCAUGCCUUGCGUCUGCACUGGGUGGAGUUCCAGAACAAGUUCUACGUGGGAGCUGGGUACAAAUUUUCUCCGUUCUCCUUCAAGUACAUCAUCGAUGGCACCGCAGAAGAGUGAAGCCAGUGCAUCGCUGUUUCACUUCUCAGACCAGGCUCUAUUAUCUUGUGGUCACUCACCCACAGAGUAGGGUAUAUGGGAUGAAACAGAAUGGGAUGUGGCCCUUGAAAGAAGAGCAGCUGUAGAUGAAAAUGCCCUAGCUACAUUCACGUAUACUGCUGUAUCAGCUGAGAGCUGAACUGCAUCGGCCGGGCUGGCCGGACCCUUGGCUGAGUAUCUCCACUGGUGUCUUUGCCAGGUACCUGGUAUUGGGUCAGCUGCCUACUGCUUGGUUGAAAAGAGGAGAUGCAGCCUUCGAAUUAAAUUGGUUAUUAAUAAUCAA